GGCGGCAGGGUCGGGUCGGGUGUCGGUGCAGGGAACCCAGGAGGUCCCGGCCUAUGGCUGUGGGCGGAAGGAGCCUCUCCCCAGCCAUGGAGAACGCCAGUCUUCGAGAGCUCCAGCAGCCCCUACUGGUGGGUGGUGAGCUUCCCAUCCAGAAGUCCAGUGAGCCUGAGCUGGGGCCUCCCUUUCGAGAGACAGCCUUUGCGGAGUCGCUGAAGGGUUGGCAGUUCCUGCCACCAUCUCUUCCUUCUGUGAGUGCAGGACUAGGGGAGCCAGGGACCCCCGACUUUGAGGAUGUCUCAUCCAGUGACAGUGACUCGGACUGGGAUGGGGGCGGCCUCCUCUCCCCACUGCUACCCCACGACCACCUCGGCUUGGCCGUCUUCUCCAUGUUGUGCUGUUUCUGGCCCUUGGGCAUCGCCGCCUUCUGCCUGGCCCAGAAGACCAACAAGGCUUGGGCCCAGGGGGACGUCCAGGGGGCAGGGGCCGCCUCCCGCCGAGCCUUCCUGCUGGGGGUCCUGGCCGUCGGGCUGGGCGUGUGCACGUACGCGGCCGCCCUGGUGACCCUGGCCGCCUACCUCGCCUCCCGGGACCCGCCCUAG